AUGGCUGUUGCCCUCUUGACCUCUGUGCUGACCAGCAAGCUGGUGUCCCUGUCCAGGAAAACGAACUGCAAGCUGGGCAUCAGCAGGAUCAAGCUUCUACGUAACAAGAAACAGAUUGCUGUGCGUUUGGGAGACCUGCUGAAGGGCUUCCGUAGGGAGGUGGCCGACUUGCUUCGCGCCGGAAAGCAGGGCAAUGCGCGGAUUCGCGUGGAGUCUGUCAUCCGGGAGACACUCCUGCUUCAGGCAUUUGACACGCUGGAGGUCUACCUUGAGCUGUUGGCGGUCCGCGUGGAGCUACUGGCCAAGACCAAGGAGAUGCCGCCAGACAUGAUGGAGGCCAUCUGCAGCCUGAUCUACGCCGCGGAGCGCAUCAGCAGCGACCUGCCCGAGAUCGCGGUCAUCCGCUCCAUGCUGGCCUCCAAGUACGGCGGCCUGUACAAGGACUUUGCGCAGGCCGCGGCUUCCGACGCGCACUACCGCGAGUGGCAGGUGAAUGAGGGCUUGGUGAGCUGCCUGUCGGUUGAGGCGCCGGGCGCGGAGCAGAAGAUCGCGGUGCUGGAGUCCAUCUGCGAGGAGCACGGCAUCCCCUUUGACGCGGCAGCCACAAGGCAGGAGAUGGGCCAGGGCCGACUGUACCAGCCCCCCGCCCGGCCGGAGGUCUUGGGUGGGUACAAGGAUGCACCUGCCGCGCUGGCCGCCGCCGAGAACUAUCGGCGCCUGGCCAGCGCCGCCGAGUCCGCAGCAGCCCGCUUCUCGCGCGGAUCCGGCGCCGGCGACGACUCUGGCGCCAGCCCCGACGGCGACAAUGGACGUGCCCCCGAGGGCGGCAAUGGCGGCGCCCCGUCCAGCGGCAGCCCCCCAGGCUUUGUAAAGCGAUCCAACAGCGAGAUCAGGCGGGCAUACGACGCCGCGCCCGGCUACCCCAGCAAGGGCGAGAUUGCGGCCCCAGGCCCACCCUCCGCCCCCCCUGCGGCGCCCGGGCCAGGUUCGCCAGCGACGGGCGAGGACGCGCCCAGCCCCGCCGCCACGCGGCCUCAAGGCACCCCCCCUCCCCCUGGCAACGACGAGCUGGAGGAGCUGGAAAGUUUGACAAAGAGGUUUGAGGCGCUGAAGCGCCGCUGA